CAGCUCUUAUUGAGAGUCAGAUCUUUUGUUUGCAUGGAGGACUGUCACCAUCUUUGGAAACAUUAGACAAUAUUUGAGACUUGGACCGUAUGCAGGAGGUUCCCCAUGAAGGACCAAUGUGUGAUCUUUUGUGGUCUGAUCCUGAUGAGCGAUGUGGUUGGGGUAUAUCUCCACGUGGUGCCGGUUAUACAUUCGGACAAGAUAUUACUGAACAGUUCAACCAUACCAAUGGUCUCACUCUGAUUUCACGAGCCCAUCAGCUUGUGAUGGAAGGAUACAGCUGGUGUCAGGACAAGAACGUGGUUACCGUCUUCAGCUCUCCGAAUUAUUGUUAUCAGUGUGGGAUCAUGGCUGCAAUUUUAGAGGUUGGGGAGAAUAUGGACCAGAGGUUUCUUCAGUUUGAUCCAGCACCCUGGCAAAUCGAGCCCGACACCACACGCAAGAAUCCCGAUUAUUUCUUGUAAUUAUAUUAUAUGAUAUGAUAACAUAUGCUAGUUGUUCCUACUUUUUAGCUUCCGUUUACUGAUGUAUGUCUGCUAAAGCUAGAAGCUUUUAUACAAAGUUUUGGUUCAUCUUCAGUUCAUUCUUUGAUGUUUGGAGUUUGUGCAGCUGCUGCACUGAUAAAGGCUCGAAUGACCUUUUUGUAUU